AUGCGUUUUGCGGGCCUUAGAUGGCUGCCUUUGGCUUUGCUGGUCCACGAUGUAUCUGAUGUGGUCGCGCAGACCACCGAUGGUGGACGCAGCGAGCUACCCGGGAUGAAGAAGGACAUCUUCGACCAGAUGAAGGAUGCCAAGAACAAGGGCCAAAGCGGAGCUCAGCCGGCCAAGCGGGCUGACUGCCCCAAGAGCGACCAGCUCUCGCCGUUCAGGGCGUUCUGCAUUGUGCAGGGAGAGAUCUUCGUGAAGUUCAACGACACGGACGACAAGUGCAGAAAAAUCGUCAGUGUAGGUGGAGCCAACACAACGGCUCUGUUUGCAGCUUCCAGGACCUGCGGCGCCGCGGGGGAGUGGAAGCGGAGAGUCGCCGAGGAGCUCAGUGCCGUCUACUUCGUGGGCGGUUGGGAGGAGUGGCCCAAGAGUGAAGGCGAGCCCAUCGAAAUAGAGCUGGAAGACGGCAACUUCUCAGUGCCCAUCACUGCCGAGAAUUACGAAGUAAUUAAGGACUGCUGGGCCCGAGGCUGUGGAUGCGAGCAGGCAGCGAAUCCAAAGAUGAAGGGCGUGCUGUGGUCGCUCCUUGCCAUCUGCGUGGUCGGCAUAGGCUGGGAUGGCGUGAAGCUGACCUGGGAGAAGAUCACCGGCGGCAAGAAGAAGGACAAGGACAAGAAGGAGAAAAAGGAGAAGAAGGAGAAGAAGGAGCAGCGUCGUAGCAGCUCUGAUGCCUCUCUGCAUCUUCACAUGAGGGGAGGGGUCAAAAAAAAAAUUAAAAAGGAUCAAAACAAAUUUACAGAGGAUCAAAAAAAUUAA